AUGGUGAGAAAAAUCAUGUUUUUGGUGAUAGUACUAGUGUAUGUAAAUAAUGGAAAUGCAAUAUUGCAUGAUUAUGGGGAUGCCCUUGCAAAAAGCAUAUUAUAUUAUGAGGGGCAAAGGUCAGGGAAGCUUCCGGCUACGCAGCGUGUGACAUGGAGAAAGGACUCGGCUAUUUGCGACGGGCGCGACAAGGGUGUUGACCUAAGCGGUGGAUGCUACGAUGCUGGCGACAACGUGAAGUAUAACUUUCCGAUGGCGUUCACGAUAACGAUGUUGGCUUGGGGAGUGAUAGAGCACGGCAACUCCAUGGGCACGGAGCUGCCGCAUGCACUGGAGGCGGUGCGGUGGUGGGCGACGGACUACUUCCUCAAAUCCACCGACGCCGCCCCCGACAUCAUUUACGCUCAGGUCGGAGACCCCAACGCUGACCACAACUGCUGUCAAAGGCCGGAAGACAUGGACACUCCCAGAACAGUUUAUGCGGUCACUCCCGACAAGCCUGGAUCCGAAGUGACCGCCGCGGCGCUAUUAUCAAAUUGUGCAUUUUUACUAUAG